GUGGUAUAUUACGUGAACUCCGGAAUUUUUUUAUAUGGGCUUUGAAACAUGCAUCGCGACCUGUGGCGUAUUUGGAAACAUUUUCGUUUUGAAGUAGCCAGCGGCUGCAUUUGAUCGCGGGCGUUUCUACUUUUCUGCAACUGAGCAAGCGCCGUAAAUUUAAAGGCCAAUGCAUGCAGCCAUGGAUUCUGGAAACAGCACAUGUGAAUCAAUUGACGACUUCCGCAACAAGGUAUACUCAACGGUCUAUUCAAUUAUAACUGUCUUUGGCAUGGUGGGAAACGGCUUUGCCUUAUUCGUGCUGAUCCGGACCUCCGUCCAGCAGUCUGCAUUUCAUGUCUACAUGAUAAACCUGGCCGUAUCUGACCUGCUGUGUGUCACCACGCUACCUCUGCGUGUUUUGUACUACGUAAGCAAAGGCCAUUGGUACCUCGGAGACUUCCUGUGCCGCAUCAGCUCCUACGCCCUCUACGUCAACCUCUAUUGCAGCAUCUUCUUUAUGGUGGCUAUGAGCUUCACCCGCUUCCUGGCUAUCGUCUUCCCGGUGCAGAACCUUAAACUAGUCAACGAGCGCAAGGCUCGAUUCGUCUGUGCUGGCAUCUGGAUUUUCAUCUGUGUUGCCAGUUCACCCUUCCUCCUAAGUGGGACUUACACUGACCCAGCUACCAACAAGACCAAGUGCUUUGAGCCACCAGAGCAGAAAGGGGGAUUACAAAAGCUGAAGACACUCAACUAUAUUUCCUUAGUGGUGGGUUUUAUCAUUCCUUUCCUGGUUAUCCUCCUGUGUUACGUAGGGAUAAUCCGCGCGUUGCUAACCAGCUCCACAAGCAUGAAUAAGCAGAGGCAUACCCGCACCAAGGCUAUCCGCAUGAUUGUAAUCGUGAUGUUGGUCUUCCUGGUUAGCUUCAUGCCCUACCACAUCCAGCGUACUGUCCACCUGCACGUCAUGGGUCACAAGGACACCUCCUGUGAGGACAUAAUCUACAUGCAGAAGUCUGUGGUGGUCACCCUCUGCUUGGCUGCCUCCAACUCCUGCUUCGACCCCAUGCUCUACUUCUUCUCCGGGGAGAACUUCCGUCGCCGUGUCUCCACCUUUCGGAAAAACUCAGUCAGUGCCACGCAGCACCGCCACAGGAUGGCUUGCGAGCCUGAAGCUCUUGAGCAGGAGCAGGACAAGCUGCAGGCUUGCAAUGGCCCACAGGGAAACUAGCUAAGCAUCUCCAAGCUCUGGAGGUGAAUGGAAGAGAGAACAAAGGGGCUGUUCGUGUAGGAGGGCUGGGCCACGUGAAGAAUUUAUCCAUGCAGGUUUUUUUUUUUUUGGCAACUGUAGAAUAUGCUGGAACACUUUGAAAACUCUCGGGAGAGCUGAAGAGUAGAUGAUGAAGUAAUGACGAAGCACAUGAUGGUAGACAUUGUAGGCAGAAGGUAGAAAUACUGGUAGGAAAUGUGGUACGAUUUCAGUUCAAUCUGAAAAGCAGCGUCUCACUGAAGUCUUGAAAUUGUAGGAUCUCACACUUAGGGCAUAUAAAGCAGCUCUGGUCAGGCGCACAGUUAGCACCAGGAACGGAUGGGAUGGGUCCCCUUCGGAUUCAGAGUGACCUCGAUCCGUCCCCCCCACUUACAGGACGAAAAAACAGCAUCUGCCGUCUUUGCAUAAGGAAAAAAUAUCCUUGGUCCCCCCCAAUUCAAAAGUCCUAUUUGCCCCACUGACUCUGGUAUGUGGUUGUUUGAGGAACAGCAACUAACUCAGGAAAUUGACCUUAGGUUUGUUUAUGGUGUGGUCAUGUUAUCUCAAUAGUCAUUUGAUUAUCGUGAACAAGAACCUUUGUUGAAAGGUUUCCAGUUUUAAGGGUUAUAUGUUUGUUAGCAUUUCAGAUUCUUCUUUGACGUUUAGAUGAAGAUUGCAAACAUUAUUACCUUGUGUAAAUGUAUGCAUGUGUAUUUAUAAAUACACGGUGGAGUCAAUGUCAUGUAUUAAAAAUGUGUGUAUAUUAUUGUCAUAAAAUUAGAUAUAUUUAACAAGUGAAUAUGAAUGAGUGAUCACUUCAACCGUGUUCAAAAUUGUAACUUGUCCAAUUAUUAUGUGGGAUUGUGGGAGUCAUUUAUGAAAGUACUGUCUGUCCUGCACCUGGUCCUGCUGGUUUAGCCAGUGAUAUGAAGAGCAAUCAGAAAUGAAAAUACUUCAUAUGGAAGCUUGCAAAAUAUAGUAAAUGAAACUUCAAUGUUAUGUUUGUUGGCAUCAUUUGUAUUUAAUGUGGGCAAUUAGUAUCAAAUUCAGGUAACCUGAAUGUUUACACAGAUGUGUUAAAUUUAAGUCAAAGUACUCUGAUUUUGGUUGUCUGAAAAGCUGUAUAAUUUUUUAGAGAAUUUACUUGGUGUAUAGAAGGAUGACCUUAGUGACUUUUUUUCCUCUCCAGCAAUGUUAUAUGCUUACUUUUUUAUUCUGCUAAGCUUCCUGUUUCAUUUCUAAACUGGGAAUUGUCACUAAAGCAGCUGCACCUUGCCAGUAGUGACUCUGGGUUCACUUUUGUUGGAAGUUGAUAAGACACACAUGUGUCCGAGGUUUACACCUGCCGGGAUGCAAUCGGGAUGUAAUUCAAGAACUAAACAGCUGCGACAGGAAACACAGCGAGAGUACAGAUUUGGAUACGUGUGUGUGGUAAUUGCACAUGCUGUCCGGCUUCCCCACCUUCCAUCAAGAUAGGGGUAGUUAUUUUUACAAGGUGCUAUGUGCUUGUCUGGGUGGUAUUGUAGCUUUUUUGGUGUUUCUCAGCCUGGAUGUCGGGGAAUCCCAGACAAGAUGGACUGUCUGAGGGUCCCCGAAGACUGGCUUUGGUGUGUAUCACUGUUGCCUCAUACUUGUAGGGUCCAGGGUUUCAAUCCCAUCCCGCAGUCAAAAGACGUGCAGUUAGAUGAAUAGGUAUCACUAAGUGGUGUACAUGUGUGUGUACAAGUAUCCUGCAUAGGGCACACCCUGUAAUGCUGACCACGAUACGCUGUUACAAGAUGGAUGCUUUAUAAAUAAAUAAAAAGGUCAUAUCGACUCACUCAUCUUCAAAACAAUUUACAAAUAUACAAACAGAAUGACGACAUCCCAUCCAGGGUGAACCCCAGGCAUGUGCCCUGUGCUGCCUGGGGUAGCAGAUCAUAUGUAAAGACGAGCUUCCUUCUCGUAGUGUGCCCUUCUACAUGCCUUCACCUGUUUCACAACAGCUUUCAAAAUGAGGAACCAAAAUGCAAAGUUAUACACACUGAUGUUAUUUAGCUGCAGUAAUGUUUUUUUUUUUCAUUGAUUGUGUAUGAUUUGUACAAGAUUUUUUGAUCAGCAACUUGUGGCAUACCAAUAAAACUGCUUUGAAUGAA